CAGUGCAGUGACUGGUGCAAAUUGUUCUCGUCAUGACAUGAGCUGCUGCCUGGACCUGUAGGAAAAAGCUGGCGCAGCAGUCCAUAGCGUUGAGUCAACGUUGCAUCUGCGAGGCUGAGACAGACAGCGGCAUCUCUGGACUGCUGCUAAGAGACAGAUGAGAUGACAUAGCGACUGGACAAGCUGACGUUACUUUGACACCCGGAUCAGAUUGUGUCAUUGUCUUAUUUUUCGUCGGUUUGCCGGCUUUUAACAAGCUAUUUGCUUAAGCUUGCUUAACGCAGGCCAGUUAUCAAUGCUCCCAAAGAGCUGCCUGCACAUAGAUGUUGAUCUAACUUGCUGCAAGCUAGCGUUAGCUCGCUGCUGCUACCCUUCAGACAUUGAAGUGGCCACACAAACAUGCGGAUCAUCGAGGCGGAGACCCCUGGGACAUCUCUAACGUUGAACGCUUUCUGCAGGACACGAGUUUCGACUAGCCGCUGACUGGACUCUGCAAAGUCUUUGUAGAGGGGAAAGAGCGACGGAUCUCAAAGACCAGACUGCCCACAUAACUUUUUGCCUCUCAGACGGAUCGCCAAGGACCAUGCUGACCAUUCUAGCUGCUGGGUCUAUGUUCUUUCCAGGCCUUUUCCUCCUGUCCAAACAAUGCCUGAAGUCAAUCCCAGCACUGAGAUGGAGCGAAGGAGAUGCAGUCAUUGUAUCCGCCAGGUUGGUUUCAUCAGUUCAGGCAGUCAUGGCUUCUUCAGCUGGCUACAUCAUUGCUUCUUCCUGCGAGGACAUCCUCGAGGACCAGCAUUGGCUGACAAGCUCUUACAUCAUGUUUGCUGUUCCCUACUUCGUGUAUGACAUCUACGCAAUGUUCAUGUGCUACUGGUACAAGCUACGGGUCAAAGGGCACGAGGAGGCCUCGGCAGCACCUCAGCACAUGAGCACAGCACUGACCAGCUACCUGCGGCGCGAGUUCCUCAUGGUGCUGCACCACGUUGUCAUGGUCACCGUCUGCUUCCCCGUCUCUGUGUUUUGGAGACAAGGAAAGGGAGAUUAUUUCCAGGGUAUACUGUUCAUGGCUGAACUCAGCACUCCAUCUGUCUGCUUAGGAAAAAUACUCAUCCAGUACAAACAGCAACACACUCUCCUGCACAAAGUGAAUGGGGCUCUUAUGCUGAUCACUUUUUUCAUCUGUCGAGUCCUCCUCUUCCCUUACCUCUACUACGCCUAUGGAAGGUACGCGUCCAUUCCCUUCCACAUGGUCCCCCUGUCGGUGCCCUGGCACUGUAACCUCGGUGCUGCUCUGCUCAUGGCCCCCCAGCUCUAUUGGUUCUCCCUAAUUUGCAGGGGCGCCCUGCGACUAUUCAUGGGCUCCUCCCGCUCUCAGAGACCACGUGCGACCACAGGCGCAGCCAAGGAGAGGCAGACGGACGGCAACGCACUGCCCCAGCCGGCCAACGGCUACAGUGCACGCUCCUCAGAGCCUGAUCUGGCCACUCACUGAGAAGAGUGGAGGGGAGGGUGGGGAGGGAAAGAAGGCGAAUGUACCAAUGAGUAUGUAAAUGAAAGAAAGCUGUGAGGGGGGAAAAGUGAUACUUGGAACAAGUAGCAAUAUGAAGAAAGCUACAGACAAUGGCCUCAAAUAGUGCUGAAGUGUUUGUGGCCAGCAGUCAAAGUCUUGACAGCGAAAUGAUUUGGUUGCUGGCCUUCGAGCACUUCAGCGUCUCAGUUUGUAGGAAACAUGUGGAGUGUUCGUGCAUUCAGUAUUUAAAGAUGUCAUCAUGCACUGUGACCGAUGGAAACAUGCACUGACCUGAGAGGAAUUUGCCUGGAUGUAUAGCAAGCAUAGGUGGCUAUUUCCCUCAUGUAGAUCAAAUUCAGUCCUCUCUGCCUCACGGUAUAGGAAGAGCAGGAGAAUAGGAAUGUAUUAUAUUGUAUGUUAGUACAUUUGCUGUAGAUGGAAGGCCUAAUUCAGUUUAGUAAUGAAGAAGACCUUCAAAAAAGAAAAAAAUCCCGGCUAAGCAGUAUUUUGACUUGUUAGUGUUUAAUAUCUGUAUCCUCUAUGUAGUCACUGUCACUCUAACAAAAUGUAACCAACCUGCAGACUGACUCAUCUUUAGAAGGGAGAUAAUCUCAUAAGACUGUUUUCUGCUGCCUUAUCCCUUUCCCCCAAUUGUUUGCAGUUUCUUUAGGUUUUUAUUUAUUUUGUAACCUCAGAGGAGACGGAAGAGGCUUCUUCAGACACAAACAUGUGACGGGUGUACAUAGCCAGUGUAAAUUUGUCCUUAUUUCCAUGUCAGUAUUAGUUCAAUGUUGGUUUUUAAUUUCUUUUUUCUUUUUUUUAGGUUUUGCUUCAUUUCUACAUCUGCUAUUUCUACAGACGUUUUUGAACAUUUCAGCAUUAAAACAAAAAUCAUUUCACCGUUUAACAUCCUAGUGUACGCAAAUCUCCCACAAACGUUACGGCAGUGCUUCUCGUUUCAGUGUAGAUAUGACUUCAUUCCAUUUACUGGUAUCACAAAGUGUUUGUUUUUUUUAAUACGUGGAAGUGAUGCACAGUAGCAGUCACUUUAAAAUGAGUGUUUUUUUUUUGUUUUUUGAUGCUGUUAUAAAUCUCAAAAUAUCCAUUUGAUUGGCUGGAAUAAGUCAGUUAGGGAUCCAUAACAUUUGAGCAUUUAUAGUUUUGUCAGGGGACUUGCAAUGUUGCAGUUUGAAGGGAAACAAAAGUGAACAAUAAUAAUCUUGUAGGGAAGCAUUCCCUUGUGAAAGACUUGCAGCGCAUUUGUCCACGACAACUUCUGUUGUUCCUCUUUUCUUUUCUUUUUUUUAACAAUGAUGAAGUCUAUGAAUUGUUUUAAGCCUUUGUAUGAAUUGCUUCAAUCAUUUAGCCGUUUAUUUGAGCCACCGGUUCUAUGAACCUCCUAUGAUCAAACUGGCUAGUUUUAUCAUUUUAUGUUUGUUUAAAGCAGCUUCACUGUCCUUGAAAUGGGUCAAUAAAAUAAUAAAAUAAAAACAAAGCUCAGAAACCACCCAGACAGGGCAGCGUGUGCCAAAAACAUCUGGACAAGUGUGGGUAUGUUGAACAUCCAUUCCCGGUCCAUGAACUCAUAAGGUACUGCUUCUUGACAAUACUAAACCAUUUCAACUGAUGUACUGUAUAUUCCACAAAAUGCUCGUUAUUUAUUUGUAAGUAUUUAUUUAUUUGGUUUGUGGUUUUGAAUGCAUAUUUAUGCAUACAUAUUAUACUAUAUGCUUCUGAGCCUUAUGUAAAGGCUGUAUUGUUACUCCAACUUAGCUAAAAUAUACUUCUCUGUCCUGA